CAACUUUUGGAAGAAGCCGUCAACAUGGCGCCGCCGGGACGUGCAAUCAACGCCAACGCCAGACCGCAAACUCCCACGCUCUCAACCGCUUCCAGUCCCUCUCUCAGGUCGAGAACACCUGUCAGUGUACCGAUGACACCUAUGAGUAGCAAUACGAACCCAGGCGGGAAUGUCAAGGUGGUGGUGAGAGUCAGAGGAUUUCUUCCUCGAGAAAUCGAUCGAGGUGCACAAUGUCUGAUCAAUAUGAACCCGAUAAAUCAGUCGACGAAACUCCUCGUUCCUCCGUCCAGCGAUCCUGCCAACGCACGAGCGCAGACUCGAAAGGUUGUCGAAGAAAAGACAUUCACCUUCGAUCGAUCAUUCUGGUCGCACAACACCGACGACGAGCACUAUGCUACACAAGAGGAUGUUUACAAUUCAUUGGGAGAAGAGUUUUUAGAUCACAACUUUGAAGGAUACCACACAUGCAUUUUCGCCUAUGGCCAAACUGGUUCCGGAAAGAGCUACACCAUGAUGGGCACACAGGAUCAACCAGGUCUGAUUCCACGAACGUGUGAGGACAUGUUUCAGCGGAUAGAGUCCAAUGAGAGUCCUCACAUCAGCUACAGCGUUCGUGUGUCUUACUUUGAGGUGUACAACGAACACGUCAGAGACCUAUUCCAGCCUCGGACUGAUCCUCCUCAAUAUCUGAAAAUCCGAGAAUCACCCACCGAAGGGCCAUACGUCAAGGAUCUGACCGAGAUCCAGGUCAAGAACUACACGGAGAUUCUGAAGUACAUGCGCAUGGGCGACAACUCAAGAACGACUGCCUCGACCAAGAUGAACGACACAUCGUCACGAUCUCAUGCUGUCUUCACCAUCAUGCUCAAGCAGAUCCACCACGACUAUCACAACGACGAAACAACCGAACGCCUGGCACGAAUCCGCCUGGUCGACUUGGCCGGAUCAGAACGUGCAAAGGCGACCGAAGCUACCGGGCAGAGGCUUCGAGAGGGUGGGAACAUCAACAAAUCCUUGACUACUCUGGGAAGGGUCAUUGCUGCACUCGCCGACCCCAAACAUGCUCGAAUGCACAAUAGCAAGCGAACCGCUCGGGAUGUUGUCCCUUAUCGUGAUUCGAUUUUGACGUGGUUGCUGAAAGAUUCGCUUGGUGGUAACUCGAAGACUGCCAUGAUUGCCUGCAUUGCUCCAUCGGACUAUGACGAGACCUUGUCAACCUUAAGAUAUGCCGACCAAGCCAAACACAUCCGCACCAAAGCCAUUGUCAAUCAAGACCAUGUCUCAUCAGCCGAGAAAGAUGCUCAGAUUCACGAGAUGCAAGAGACCAUUCGAGGUCUGCGUUGGACUCUCAGCCAGCAACAACAGAAUGGUAGUGUCAAUGUUAUCAAGGCCGUGCAAGACAACGCAGAAGCUCAAUCUGAAAAGAUCCGCGAAUUUACCACGAAGUACGAAAACAUGCUGCAGAUUAUGGAGGAGAAACUCGCAAUCUCAGAGUCAAAGGUCCGUCAACUCGAGGAAGAAAAGGAAGCAAUGAGUAUCCACCUUUCACUCGUACUCGAUGAGCUCAGAAAUCCAAUCAUCAUCAACAAAGACCCCGAGUCUGGCGGCGUCGGGUCUAGAGUGCCUACGCCCGACAUGAUCUACGAGGAUGAUACUGCGUCAAGUGAUGAAAUCGAGACUGACUCUGAGUACGACGACGAGGCGGCGGAGAUUGAGGCUGAUGCUCAUGCACUUCUUGCGCAACUGAGCAAUUUCAAGAAGAAGAUUGCUGCGGAUAUGGUGGAAUUCGGUAUCAGUCCGUAGGUCUGAUACCGUGCCGAUCCAGUCACGGGGAAGAAGUUGCCGCCUCUUUUAAUUUCGCAGCAUCGUGAUGAGAUGAAUGAAGGAUAGGAUAGCGCGGCGUUCUGGUGUUUGUCGUGACUCACAAUUGGCUACGGGAUUGGCCCAGGGUGAUGUAUGAACUUAGGGCUUCUUGAGCAUAGCCGUGAGCCUUUACAGGUGUGAUGCAUAGGUACAUCCAAGAAGGCCAUUUCCCAGUUCGCACGAAAAUU